CGGCCGCCAUUGUUAUUGCGGCAUUCUUCCUCGGGGUGGGAGGCCCGGCCAUCUCUGCUCUUUGUCUCUGGAGGAGACCGUAGCUCAAGAGGGAAGACUGUGGAGGAAUAUCUAAGAAAGGGCUGAGGAACGGAGUGUUUUAAGGGGACUGCGACAACGCGGGAGCCUCAACCCAAGAGCGGCGCGCACUGCCGCCUCGGUAGCUGUCAUGGCCGCCCUGACCACGUGAUCGGCUCCCGCAGGCCUGGUUUCCGUCGCUCAAGUUCGGUAAUCCGGGCUUUGCGACUCCCUCCCUUUCUCGUUUGCGGACUCGGACACUGCCUUUCUUCCCUCUGGAGGGGUGCUGUACAGACAUCGAGAAAUCCGGUGGCAGCCUCGAUCCGACUGUUGUGCUGGUGGCUUCAACGGCACCCUUCCUUGCACCUGCAGGAAACACCUGGAGAGAAUGACACAUUGGUUUCAUAGGAACCCAUUAAAAGCCACAGCUCCUGUCCCUUUUAACUAUUAUGGCGUAGUCACUGGCCCUGCUGCUUCAAAAAUUUGCAGUGACUUGAGAUCAUCUAGAGCACGACUGCUUGAAUUGUUCACUGAUUUGAACUGUAAUCCACAAAUGAUGAAGAAUGCAGCAGAUUCAUAUUUUUCACUUUUACAAGGUUUCAUUAACUCAUUGGAUGAAUCUACCCAAGAAAGCAAGUUACGAUAUAUUCAAAAUUUCAAGUGGACUGAUACAUUACAGGGACAGGUUCCAAGUGCCCAGCAGGAUGCUGUUUUUGAAUUAAUUUCCAUGGGAUUUAAUGUAGCUUUAUGGUAUACCAAAUAUGCUUCAAGACUGGCUGGCAAAGAAAACAUAACAGAGGAUGAAGCAAAAGAAGUCCAUCGAAGCUUAAAAAUUGCAGCUGGGAUUUUUAAACAUUUAAAGGAAAGUCAUAUCCCAAAAUUAAUUACACCCGCAGAAAAGGGGAGGGAUUUAGAGGCACGACUCAUAGAAGCUUACAUUAUCCAAUGUCAAGCUGAAGCUCAAGAAGUAACAAUUGCUCGAGCAAUUGAACUGAAACAUGCUCCUGUACUAAUUGCUGCCCUGGCAUAUGAAACAGCCAAUUUCUAUCAAAAAGCUGAUCAUGCUUUAUCCAGUUUGGAGCCUGCAUACUCUGCUAAAUGGAGAAAAUAUCUUCACUUGAAAAUGUGUUUCUACACAGCUUAUGCUUAUUGUUAUCAUGGUCAGACUUUGUUGGCUAGUGAUAAAUGUGGUGAAGCAAUCAGGUCUCUUCAAGAGGCAGAAAAAUUUUAUGCAAAGGCAGAAGCAUUAUGCAAAGAAUAUGGAGAAACCAAAGGCCCUGGACCAACAGUCAAACCUUCAGGACACUUGUUCUUUAGGAAACUUGGAAAUCUUGUGAAGAACACCCUUGAAAAAUGUCAGAGAGAAAAUGGAUUUAUUUACUUUCAAAAAGUUCCAACAGAAGCCCCACAACUGGAACUCAAAGCAGUUUAUGGUCUCGUAGAACCUGUACCUUUCGAAUUUCCUCCUACAAGUGUGCACUGGACACCAGAAACAUUGGCUGCUUUUGAUCUCACCCAAAGACCCAAGGAUGACAGUGCUAAACCCAAACCAGAAGAAGUGGUGAAACCUAUGAAAGAACCAGAUAUCAAACCUCAGAAGGACACUGGGUGCUACAUCUCCUAAAAUACAUUGAUACAGUGUGCACUUUGAAUUUUCUUCCAGAUAAGAUAAACCAUGGAACUUCAUCUUUCUUGAAAUGAUUUCUCUGAAGCCUAUAGAUUAAUUUAGUACAUUCAGAGGGAAUCUGCCUUCAGUUUAUUUGUUCUUGAUUUUUAACACAGUGGAAGUGUUUCAUGCUUUGUUUCCGAACUCCUUUUUAAUCAGGACAACCUGUGAAAAAUUUUUAUUGUGCUUCUAAAGGGCAUAUUUGGGGGUUGGGUUUUUCUUCCUGAACUCUGGGUAGUAGUAAGUUUCAGGUUAAUACACUACAGGCCAGAAUCAUGUGGUUUCAGGUGUGUUUUUCUAUCUUCACAAAAAAAAGUUUAUUCCUCUUAUUUGAUACCAGAAGAAUGACAGGAGUCAGUUUUUAACAGACAAGGUUUUUUACCCCUCUCUGAUAUGUCAGUUGUAGCACAGACUUGUUAUCUUCUGUGUCAGUUACCUUUUCUGGUUGGGGGAAAAAAAUCACUUUUAGUUAAAGAUCAAAAAAUCUUCAUACCAAAUCCCUUAUACAUGUUAGAAUCUAUAAUUUACUUAGAAAUCAGUGUUUAUAGGUAUGUUGAGACCAUUUAAGAGCUUACUCUUAUGCUGAUAGCCCUGUACUUCAUUUCAGACUCAGUAAGCAAACCUACAAUAUUUUUUAAAGUACUUUUUUCUAAUGGAUUUUUUACUUAGGGGACAGAACUUGGUAACAGCUCUUAGUAUUUGUGUGAGAAGACAGUGAAAAUGUUUUUGCAGAAGUCAAAUAAUGCAUGAUGAAAAGAAAGAACUUUAAGCCUAAACAAGAUCGGUUGUCCUGAAUUACACUGGUAAAUCUCUACUACUUUGUUACAGAAUUUAGAGUAAAAUGCCUUUGUUAACCUGAUUUCAGUGUACAUGGUUUUUAUAUAGUUUUCUAAAACACUUAUCCUGUCAGAAUUGUAUUGCUUUAGGCCAAAGGCCAUAGCAGAAACUUAAGAGAGCAAACAGGUACAGUAUAUCUUAAAAAUACCUUGUAAUAUUUGAAAUAGUUUAGUAUAUACACAAACCUGGGAAAUAGUGGAUUCAUAAUACAUACAUA